UUCAAGAUGGCCUUCAUGACUGCUUCCAGAGUUCACACCACCACAACCCCAGCCCACUCCACUGUCUGGCAGAACAAGCUCAUGAGUAUGUACAGCUCACCAUCGGGUCGAUGCCAAGAGGCUGAUCAGGUAUACNNAGAUGAGUGCAGAAGCCGUGGCCUUCGUGCUCCCAACUUCCAGGAAUGCUCUGAUAGACGUGGUGGCCGCACUGCUUGGUCCAGUGUGGUUGAAGUCAAUGGAUGCAAGCACCAGGCUCGCUACUGGUACGACGGAGACUGGGUCAACAACGCUCGCGAGGACGCCGCAGAGGUUGCUCUUCAGCGCAUGGGUGUGGUCCCCAUCCCUCGCGGCCCCCAUGCCCGUCUCCUUGGAUCUAUCAGCGUGUAA